GUUUUGUGUUAUAGUUUUGAGUGUCGGAGGUGAUUUGCAAGUUUGCUGUAUGAGGAGUCGUGUAAAGGAAAUUUCAUAGAAAUUAUCAAUAUUUUCAUUUGUUCAAAACUGAAAUUCCAGCAAAAUGACGGUUGCUGCGAAGAUGGAAGUUGAUUCAUACCGAGGCGAAGGCUUUCGGCAGUAUUAUAUCACGAAAAUCGAAGAAUUGCAGCUGGUCGUAGCUGAGAAAAGUCAAAAUCUGCGCCGUUUGCAAGCUCAGCGAAAUGAACUUAAUGCCAAAGUUCGCAUGCUACGCGAGGAAUUACAAUUGCUGCAAGAACAAGGCAGCUAUGUUGGCGAAGUGGUGAAACCAAUGGACAAAAAGAAGGUGUUGGUUAAAGUGCAUCCGGAGGGUAAAUUCGUUGUCGACAUCGACAAAAACAUUGAUAUCAACGAUGUCACGCCAAAUUGUCGUGUUGCUUUGCGCAAUGAAAGCUACACUCUGCACAAAAUCCUACCGAACAAAGUCGAUCCGUUGGUAUCGCUGAUGAUGGUCGAAAAAGUGCCCGAUUCAACGUACGAAAUGGUCGGCGGUUUGGAUAAACAAAUCAAAGAAAUCAAAGAGGUCAUCGAAUUGCCCGUCAAACAUCCCGAACUGUUCGAUGCACUUGGUAUCGCUCAACCAAAAGGAGUUUUACUUUAUGGUCCACCAGGUACCGGAAAGACAUUGCUUGCUCGUGCUGUGGCUCAUCACACCGAAUGUACGUUCAUCCGUGUGUCGGGUUCGGAAUUGGUGCAAAAAUUCAUUGGUGAAGGAUCGCGUAUGGUGCGUGAACUGUUCGUAAUGGCCCGUGAGCAUGCACCGUCCAUCAUUUUUAUGGACGAAAUCGAUUCCAUCGGUUCAUCGCGUAUCGAAUCCGGUAGCGGCGGUGAUUCAGAAGUGCAGCGUACCAUGUUGGAAUUGUUGAAUCAAUUGGACGGUUUCGAAGCAACUAAAAAUAUCAAAGUCAUUAUGGCCACCAAUCGUAUUGACAUUUUGGAUCCAGCUUUGCUACGUCCAGGUCGUAUCGAUCGUAAAAUUGAAUUCCCGCCACCAAACGAGGAGGCUCGUCUCGAUAUUUUGAAAAUUCAUUCGCGUAAAAUGAACUUGACGCGUGGCAUUAAUCUCAAGAAAAUCGCCGAAUUGAUGCCAGGCGCUUCGGGAGCCGAAGUUAAAGGUGUUUGCACUGAAGCCGGUAUGUAUGCGUUACGUGAACGCCGUGUCCAUGUCACACAAGAAGAUUUUGAAAUGGCCGUAGCCAAAGUUAUGCAAAAGGAUUCCGAGAAGAAUAUGUCCAUCAAGAAACUGUGGAAGUAAGUCUCAACACCCCAGUCUGCAUUCAUUUACACUUCUGCUCUUUGAAGGAGUCUUUGCUUUAUACAUAAUAUUAUUGAACAGAAUGAAAACAAAAUAAAACCAUUUUACAUAUAAAAAGA